CGGAUGAGCGCGCCCAUCUCGGGGCGCUGCAGCGCAGAAGGCGCGUCUCGCGUUCCGAGGAGGUGCCGUCGUUCCCUUCGUCGCCAGGCGCGGCGGCGCUAGCGAGCCAUGCCUUAUCCCAGCGGUCAGCCGGCGGGCCGCUCUUUCAACUGGGCCAGCUGGAGACUCAAGACGCGCUACAUGCUCUCCCAUUUCGGCUUCUUCUGUAGCCAGUUCGGCAAGUUCAUCGCCCCCGCCUACUACCAUGACCGGUGCGAAAGGUCGGUGCAGAUGCGGCUGUACACCAUGCACAAGCGGGAAUUCGUCGUCAUGUUCCUGGUGUUUUUCGCCUGCCUAUGCCUCUGCCUGUUCAUCGGGCUCGCGGGGCCACCCAUCACCACCACCGUGGUGCGCUCCGCGUCCGAGCUAGGCACGCCGGGAGAAAACGCCACCAAACUCAACAUGGCGACGGGGCCAUUUGUACUAAAGACUCCACCGCUGUCAGCGUACAGCCAGCAGCUCUGGAUCAUUGCACAAAUCACCACCAAGGAGGAGGACGAAGACGAGACGUUUCGGAAAGCGUUCCACCUAGAGGUCAACAUUCAGGGCAUCACCAGUAAGGGUCACGUUGUCAACAUCUACGGCACUUCACGACCACACAUACGAGUCCGCCAACUCAUCUGCUCGAAGAAGGUCUGCGAUGCCUUCACAGUCCUACAUUUGGGUUUCUUGGAUUACUCUCGAUAUUUGCUGACUGUCACAUUCUACGGUCUGGAGACCAUCGACGAGAAGUACCACAUAGACGACGUCACGUUUCAUUACAAGAGCUACAACGCAUCGUUUACUCAGCUGGAGAUAUGGUUCCGGUUCAUCUUCCUACUCGCAACUUUCUUUGUGACGUGUUGGUUCGCGCACACACUACGGAGGUUCGUCUUCCGAGACUGGUCCAUUGAACAGAAGUGGAUGUCCAUCCUCCUGCCAUGCCUGCUGUUGCACAACGACCCUGUAUUCCCCAUGUCGUUGCUGGUGAACAGCUGGAUACCCGGGAUGCUGGAUGCUAUUUUCCAGGCCCUUGGCCUGUUAAAUGCACUUCUUAAACGACCUCAAAUCAAUUUAACAAUAAUCCAAUAUGCACGUCGACACUACAUACUUAGUACCCAUGGCAUUCGAGAGAACGAGCGUCGCUUCGCAACAUUCUACCUGCCCAAGCUUCUCGUGGUGGGCAUGCUGUGGACAGCUGCUUUUGUGCUCGCUUCUUGGCAAAGGUACAACGAGCUCAGGGACCCCACAUACAACUACAAGGUUGACACGCAGGGAUUUGCGGCCUUGAAGAUAUUUUUCUUUACCAUGGGAUCAAUAUACUUGGCCUAUCUGCUUUACCUCGUUGUUCAAGCAUACACAGAGCUAAGAUCCAUGCCUUAUUUUGAUGUUCGGCUGAAGUUCAUGACGUCACUGAUGCUAAUUGUUUUGACGCUAAGUGUGGUCAUCACGGUGAUGCGGUUUGGAAUCUCUGUCCUCGAAGACAACUUUGUAGCCGACCUGUCGACGACGUAUGGAAGCUCGGCAGAGUUUAUGUCUUUCUAUGGGUUGCUCAACUUCUAUCUCUACACAAUGGCAUAUGUGUACUCACCACCACCAAAUGCUUUUCUAGAAUCUCACUUGAAGGACAACCCGACCUUAUCGAUGAUGAAUGACUCUGAUGAAGAGGUCAUUUAUGGGUCGGAUACCGAAGAGCGGUUAUUAAACCCAGUUCGCCUCGGACAGAAUAAAGAAGAAAGUGACUGAAUGGAGGAGCAACGAUGCCUUUGCGUGGAACCAUUGCGACAGGUUUACCAAAAAACACAAUGCCAACUGAGAACAAUAAACCAUAUUUUUGUAUAGCAACAAG